UUAAAUGAUAUUGUAUGUAAUAAGAUUAAAUAAUGAAAUUUUAUAACGGAUUUAAAACUUUUUAAUCCUCGUAUGCUUAUUAAAGCAUUAUCAUCUAGUCAAUGUGAAUAAGUUUUAUAAUAAUAAUAAUAAUUGUUAUUAUUAUUGUUAAUGAAUUAAUUUAUGAACUAAGUAAGUGGUAUAUUUAACUUUCAGUAAUACUUGAAAAAACAUUGAAUUCAAUUUUACGGAAAGAGAGAGGGAGAACCUUCUAAUCGGAAUUUAUAACCGACGUCUUACCGAGCCAAACUCAUUCAGUGUUGUUUAAUACCAAGUCAACAUUCGUUUACAUAUUUGAUUAUUCAUGUGAUUCAAGAUUUUCUUCGUCUUCUUCGUUUUAUUUACAUUUAAUUAAUUGAAGUAAAUCUCUGGAUGUUGCCAUGCUAUGCCCAGUUUGAUGAGAGCUUUAAUUGAUUAAAGUACAAACUAUUGAAAUUAACUCAGUUAUCAGUGUUAUUCAAGACCUUACACAAAUAAAAAAUUGAUUUAUUAAUAAUGGUUCAAAACAAUGAUCAAUCACAUUCGCCUAUUGUUAAUACAGAAAAUGAUAAAAGUCAAGAACAAGUUCGAACUUCAGUGGUUGAUUCACAAAAUAAUAAUGUAACAAAGGAUAACCCGAAUUUAAAACAAUCUAAUGAUAUGAAAAAUGAUAACAAUAAAAAUGAAAAAUCAGUAUCUUCAAAAAAUUUCAAUGAACAAAAUAGCAUGGAUUUUGAUGAUUUGCUUCCGUAUGUGGGAGAAUUUGGGAUCUAUCAAAAAAUAUUGUUUAUUCUAAUGAUCCCUUUUGCGUUCUUUGUUGCUUGGGUUUAUUUUACUCAAAUUUUUAUUACAUUGGUACCGGAAAAUUAUUGGUGUAACAUACCAGAAUUAGAGAAUUUAACUGUAGAACAAAGACUUGCUUUAGCUAUACCACCAGCUGGGAAAUAUGAUAAUCCAGGAGCUAUUGGUUACUCUCAGUGCUCGAUGUAUAAUAUCAAUUUCACGAAAAUUUUGAUUAAUUCAAAUACGAUACCUGUAGCAAACUCCUCGUGGCCAAUACAAAAAUGUCUAUACGGAUGGGAAUAUAAUCUCACAGAAACUCCUUAUCAAUCCAUUUCAACCGAGCUUAAUUGGGUGUGUGACGAUGCUGCUCUUCCAGCGAUUGCCCAAAGUAUCUUCUUUAUUGGUGCAAUCUUUGGUGGUUUACUUUUUGGAUGGAUAGCUGAUCGGUAUGGUCGAAUUCCCGCCUUAGUAGGAUCCAACUUGAUGGGUUUUAUUGCUGGAGUUACCACGGCAUUUGCUCAAAAUUACUGGCAAUUUGUUGUGUGUCGUUUCUUUCUUGGAUUCGCAUUUGACAAUUGUUUUACUAUGAUGUAUAUUUUAGUGUUGGAAUACGUUGGGCCAAAGUGGAGGACUUUUGUGGCAAAUAUGUCAAUAGCUUUGUUUUUUACCUUUGCCGCGUGCAUUCUUCCGUGGAUAGCUUAUUAUUUAGGUGACUGGAAAAUGACUACUAUAGCAGUUUCUACUCCUCUUAUACUUUCUCUAGCAACACCUUGGCUAGUACCUGAGAGUGCACGCUGGCUGGUGAGUCAAGGACAUGUUGAUAGGGCUAUUGAUAUUUUAAAAAAAUUUGAAAGAAUAAAUAAAACUCAUGUUCCUGACAGUAUUUACAAGGACUUUAAGGAUAGUUGUAAUCAAGAACGAGAAUCUGAACAACAAAAUAAAUCUUAUUCAGUGAUUCAUCUUUUCAAAUAUUCUCGACUUCGUAAAAUAGUCAUCAUUUUAAUUGUUAUUUGGAUGAUUAUAUCACUAGUAUUUGAUGGUCAUGUUCGUAACGUUGACAAUCUUGGCUUGAAUAUUUUUAUUACAUUCACAAUAGCAUCAGCAACAGAACUCCCAGCAGAUACUUUACUUACACUUCUUCUAGAUCGAUGGGGAAGACGAUGGUUAGCAUUCAGUUCAAUGACCAUUUCUGGUAUCUUCAGUCUUUGGGCAUGUGUUGUUUCAAAUAAUAUUUAUGCUGCUACGUUGGCGAUAAUAGGAAGGUUUUUCAUUAACAUUUCAUACAAUAUUGGUCUUCAGUAUGCUGCUGAAUUGAUACCGACUGUUGUCAGAGCCCAAGGAAUGUCUCUGAUACAUAUAAUGGGCUACAUUUCCAGUAUUAUUUCACCUUUUAUUGUUUAUCUGGCUGUGGUAUCACCUAUAUUACCUUUACUACUUCUUGGUAUCUUUGCUGUUGUUGGGGGUAGCUUGGCAUUAUUUCUUCCUGAAACAUUAGAUCAAGAAUUACCUCAGACUCUUCAGGAUGGUGAAGAUUUUGGCAAAAAUCAACGAAUAUGGGAUGUACCGUGCCUAGCUGUCAAGGAUACUGAUGAAAAGAAGGACUCUGAUUUUAUGAAAAUCCAAAGAAGCCAGAGUAUAAGAAGUUCUGGAAGACCAUCAACACGUGGAGAAGUUUUACGAAGUAGCAUGAUUCAACGUGCCAGUAUUAGAUCAAGAAGAAAUUCAUUUAAAACACCUGCCAUUCAAACUGUUCGACUGUAAUACACAAGCUAAUGUUUCAUUUGUCAUGUUAUUAAGUGUUUCAUUCUAUUUCGUUUUAUUAUUUAUUUAUUAUUAUUUUGCAAAGUUACAAACCUGUAUACAUAUGGACAUGAAUACACUAGUGAAGCUUUUAGAUGUAUGUAUUUUAAUGUGUGACAAUGCCGUUAACAUUUUUUCUCUUUUUAAGCGGAUUAACAAUAUGACUUAUUAGGUGAAUUUUACGUUCCCCUACCUAAGUAUUUUGCAUAUCUUCUUAAAUGAUAAUAUAAAAAAUAAUUUUGCCGAAUUAAUACAAGUAUUAUAAGAGUUUAUUAUUAGCAGUCUGAAUACAUA